AAUACGGAAGUCAAAAUGGCGGCAGAGGAAGAAGAUGAAGAUAUUUGGGACAGUUGGGAAGAUAUGGCAGAUUCAGGGGAAUUAGAAAGACGAAUGGAAGAACGUGAGAAACAGAUUCGAGAAAAGGAUCAGAAAGCUUCAAAUACAACCAUAAAGAUACAAGAAACUAAGACAGGUUCUUCAAUUCUAAUGCAGGAAGAUACAAACCGAACACUCUACAAACCACAGUUAAGGAUUUUAAAACGACCAGAUUCUGGAGGAUCGAAUCAUUUAAAAGGUCAGGAAUCCUCCAAGGAGAAGCCUGCUCAUAAAACCUUAGCAGAAAGACAAGCACAAUAUGCAGAAGCCAGGGCACGGAUAUUAGGAUCAGCAUCAGAUGAAAACAAUGAUUCAGAAAAAGAUGUCAGACCACAAGUAUUGCAAGUGGAACAGAAACUGCCAGAUAAUGUCAUUCGUUUGCCAAGGGGUCCAGCUGAAAACGGUUCUAAAGGUUUUGAACUCGCAAGGCAACAUCAUGGUGUGUAUAGCCGUGUACAGGAAUACAAGACUCCGUACUAGCACUAAUAUUUACAUCGUUGCACUGGCUAUCAGCGAUCUUUUGAGCGCCAUUUUCAUCAUGCCGUUUGCGGCGGGAGUACUCAUCUCAGGAAGAUGGCCCUUUGGCGAGAAGUUUUGCGGAUAAACGCCGCUAUCGGCACGUUUGCCGUGUACGUUUCACCUGUGACGAUGUGUUUGACAGAGCAGUCAACAGAUACAUGAAAAUGUGCGAGUCAGAUGUUGAGUAUAAACGUUUCUUCUCGCCAGCAAGGUCCCGCCUUGUGCUGGCCUCAGCGUGGGGCUUGGUUACCUGUUACAUCCUGGUUCCUCACUUGGCUGGUCUACAAGGCUCACACUUUGUGCCUGGAUAUGCCUGGUGCUUCACCCGACAUCUGAGUACAUCUAGAAAAGUAGUUCACUAUUUGAUCGUUGUUAGCUUGUUUCUCCUCCUUCCUCUGGCGGUGACAAUUUUCAGCUACAGAAAAGUUUCCAGAAAGAUCCAGGAACACAACAUCAAUUUAGCGAUGGUCCAUCAAAGUCAAAGACGAAUAGUCAAUGUCAGCCCACAUGAAAUCCAAAUAAGCAGGUCAUUAUUCGUCAUGGUAUUUGCGUUCAUGUUGUGCUGGAUUCCCGCUUGGGUCAUUGCUGUCUUGACACGCUUUUUCGGAGACAAAAUUCCUCGCAAUGCUCAGCUGUUGACUUCUUUCUCCUUCAAUUUGUCCAACACCAUUAAUCCUUUCAUAUACGCUGGAAUGAAUCCGUUGUUUAGGAAAGAGUUUAAAAGUAUCCAGCGCUGGGAUUUUUUCAACAGAAUUCGUAGUGAAUCAGAGUCGAACAAUGCGAACAAUCAACAGGGAUCGAGUAAAAAAUCUAUCCCCCUUGCUCAAAGUACCCCACAGCAAAACAUUGAAAAUUACCCAACGUCAGGGUAAUCCUGGACGCAAUCACGAACAGAGAGGUACUUACUCGUUAUCUCAACUGAAAAUCUGAUUGUAGUGAACGGAACAUCAUGACAGGUUUAGUUGUCGGGAGAAAGCAAACUAAAGCAAGUCCACAGAUUCAGUAAUAAAAAGAAGCGAGAUAGAGGUACAAAUUUCAAGUAGCUUCAAUCACGUCAGAUAACAGAAUGAUCGCUGAUAUAACCGACACGGCCUUCCUCUUGAAAGGAGAAAAUGGUUAACUGCCAAGCCAAGGAAGUUGUUGUGAAGCUGGAGGAGUUUUUUUACCGAGGUGAGACAGAGGGACCGUCAUUUUAAAGGAAGCAGACGGAAGUAUUUCCAUUACCAAGAACAGGGAGUUUGCUAACAGCCACUGACCACCGAAGAUGAAGAACUGUUGUGGUCCAAAGGGCUCCUUGGCAGCCAGUCACCGUGCGUGGUCCCUAAAAGUGAUCCGGAAAUGUGGUUUCUUUUUACUUAGUGUUUUGAAUUACGAGGAAAAUCACGACACGUUUCUGUAAGGUUUUUCAUUAAAUAAAGACGGUGUCGAGUACGUCACGUGCAAGGAAAACCCCUUUUGAUUGUAUUUCAUUCCAUAGUAAUGACCAAAACAUGCCUCACCGACUUGUCAUAUUUUAGAGAAAUUUUAAAUAUCAUUCGCGGUUUUCGCCCCAAACACCCUAAAGACCAAGCUAUUUCCUAUACUAACUAGAUACCCGCAGUACUUUACCCGAGAAUUUCCAAUACGCUAGAUUUCAGCGCUGUAGACUUUGCGUUAUGGU